AUGCCUGGCUUGAUGCAGAUGAGACAAAUGUAUGGCAAGUCCAAGCCCCUGAAAGAUGCCAGGAUUGCUGGAUGUCUCCACAUGACAACACAAACUGCAGUCCUCAUCGAAACCCUCACAGCUCUCGGGGCACAGGUCUGUUAUUUAGGAAUGGCACAGUUCUCGGGGCACAGUUCUGGUUUUGAUACAUACUAUGGUAAUGAAACCCUCACAGCUCUCGGGGCACAGGUUCAGUGGAGCAGUUGCAACAUUUUCUCCACCCAGGAUUUUGCAGCCGCUGCCAUUGCCAAGACUGGAGUCCCAGUGUAUGCAUGGAAGGGAGAAACCGACGAGGAAUACAUCUGGUGUAUAGAACAGACCUUGGUGUUCCCCGAUGGUCAGCCUCUUAACAUGAUCCUUGAUGACGGCGGCGAUCUGACAAAUCUCGUUCACGAGAGAUAUCCACAAUAUUUGAAUGAAAUCGUUGGUAUCUCUGAAGAAACCACCACUGGCGUAUACAACUUACGGCGAAUGAUUGUGAGCGGAAGUCUCAAACUACCAUCUAUCAACGUCAACGAUUCUGUUACGAAGAGCAAGUUUGACAACCUGUAUGGCUGCAGGGAAUCACUUGUUGAUGGAAUCAAGAGAGCCACUGACGUCAUGUUGGCAGGGAAGGUUGCCAUGGUGGCGGGAUAUGGUGACGUCGGCAAGGGUUGUGCACAUGCUCUGCGUGCCUUUGGCGCCCGGGUCAUGAUUACCGAGAUUGACCCAAUUAACGCCCUUCAGGCUGCCAUGGAAGGUUUUGAAGUGACAACGGCCAAUGAAUGUUUGAAAAAAGCCAGGCUAUUUGUAACGGCUACUGGAAAUAAAGAGGUCAUCCAGGGAAAUAUGUUUGAACAAAUGCUGGAAGACUCCAUUGUGUGUAAUAUUGGACACUUAGAACACGAAGUAGAUGUUCAAUGGUUAGAUGACAAUUGUAUAAAAAAGGAGCAGAUAAAACCCCAGGUUGAUAGAUACACCAUGAAAAAUGGACGACAUGUAAUUUUGUUGGCGGAAGGUCGGACCGUCAACCUAGGCUGUGCGCAUGGCCACCCCAGUUUUGUGAUGAGUAACUCCUUCACCAACCAAGUUCUGGCACAGAUAGAACUCUGGACCAACCCAGGAAAAUAUCCUUCUGGAAUACACCUUCUUCCUAAAAGGCUCGAUGAAGCUGUGGCAGCCGCUCAUCUGGACCACCUUGGUGUGAAAUUGACCAAGCUAACAGACGACCAGUCUUCAUAUACAGGAAUCCCAACAGAGGGUCCAUUCAAAUCUGAACUCUACAGAUACUAGAUCAGAAAUCUGUGUUAUUUUACAGAAAUCUGUGUGUCCUGAUUACACCCACUAUUGUCUCAGUUAGGAAUCUGAAUAAAACGAAUAAUUGCUCUUAA